GAGUGACUUACAAAUACAAAAGAAAAGAGGAUAAACUUAGAUGGUCAAAAUUGAGAGAUUCUAAAUACAGUCAUCAAAUUUGAUAGCAUCAAAUUCUAAAUACAUGCAUGCAAAUCCCUUCCCAAUUUAAAAUCUAAACAAAGCAACAAAAUAUCUUACUACGCUGCUGCCGCUGCCACCGCCACUGUCACCAUGGGUCGUUUCUCAUCAUGGUCCUCCUUGCCGCGGCUCCUCUACUAUACAACAACAUGUUCUUCUCCAUCUUCUACCUCGUUGAUCGCCUCCACUCUCCACCUCCGUCACUUCUCGGCGGAGUCAGUGGAGCGGCUGCGCCACGUCUGGAUAUCGGGGCUGAUCGACCCUGAUAAGGUGGGUCCGAAAGAGAGGUCGAUGUUAUACGCAGGUAAGAUUGAAGAGAUGAAUGCAAGUCUCAAUAAAGAGCAACCCUUUAGGGAGUUUGAUACUAUUCGGGCAGGUAUCACUUUCGUCAAAUGGAAACACCAUAAGAUUACCGUCAUGGACACAUCCGGUAGUGUAGAUGAUUUCACCGAUGAGGUCGAGACUGCUUUGGGUGCUUUUGACAGCGGCGCCAUUCAUGUUCUUUCUAGUAUUGAUGGGGUACAAAGCCACUCUACUACUAUUGAUAAGCAUAUGAUAAGAUAUGACCUUCCAAGACUUAUAUUUCUCAACAACAUUGACCACAAGGGAGCUAAUCCGUGGGAAGUUUUAAAUCAGGUAAGAUCUGAGCUUCAUCGUUGUAGUGCUGCUAUACAAGUUCCAAUAGGCUUGGAAGAUGACUUUAAGGGACUUGUUGAUCUCGUGCAAUUAAAGGCCUACUAUUUUCAUGGUUCAAAUGGAGAAAAAGUUGUCGUUGAAGAAGUUCCUGCAGAUAUGGAAGCCUUGGUGGAAGAAAAAAGGCAAGAACUCAUAGAAAAUGUGGCACCGCUGGACGAUAAACUUGCCGAAGCCUUUAGUAUGAAGAAACCCAUAUCACCAACCGAUCUAAAGGAAGCAGUUCACAGGGCAACCAUAACACGAAGAUUUAUACCAGUAUUCAUGGGUAGUGCUUUCAAAUAUAAGGGGCUACAACUACUUUUGGAUGGUGUACUUAAUUAUUUGCCGUGUCCAAAUGUAGCUAGUAAUUAUGCUCUCGAGCAAUCUAAGAAUGAGGAAAAGCAGUAUACACUGUUGGCAUUGGCUUUCUCAUUUAAGAUGAAGUAUGGUACAAUAAAAUAUCUAAGAAUCAAUGAGGGCGUCAUUGAGCGGGGACAUUUUGUUGUUGCAGACGAUGAAUCAUUCGAAGUUCCUGAAUUGUAUCGGAGGUAUAACGAUGAGUUGGAGAUGAUUCCAGAGGCUCGUGCUGGAGAAAUAGUUACCGUAUAUGAACACUGCAUCGACGAUGACUCCUAUUGGUUCCCUUCUUCAGAGGGAUGUAAAUUUAUUGAUGGAUUAGUAAGAUAUAGACUUCUCGGGAUUGUAAGAUAUCCAAAUCCAAAUGCUUCUCCCAAGGUUGAUGAGUCGUGGGAAGAUAUCAAGCCGCCAGGUCGAACAAGUUUAAAGGAACUGAUGUCAGGAGGCAUUAACGAUAUAUACUAUGAUCCAUGGUAUGCAGAAAGACCCAUCCUGGAGAUUUAUAAAGGAGGGAAAGAUGGAGAAUCAAUUUAUAGACGACUAUAGUCUAUAUACUUUUCACUUUAAUUUUUUUUAACUCUCCCUUUAAUUUUUUGAUUGUAUUUUAUGUGUUUAUUCACUAUCCACUUGGGAUUUUAUUUUCUCGGUUUUGGUUUUAUAUAUUUUUCUCCAUAUUUAUAUUUAUGUUGGUCUAAAUUUUGUAAGUGUUUAUCCAUUAUAAAAUGUCGUGAAAUCACUUCUUCACC